GAUUUAAACAGCAUUUCUACUCAAGAUGUCUGUGCCUGUGAAUAUGCCGCUCCCGAUGCAGAACGCCAUUGAACCCGUGCCAGCGAAUGCACCACCGACCGAGAAGAUCGUGGCGGAGAGCCCCAGCAUAGACCUGGAGGUGUAUGCCAGUCGCUACAACGGCAUGGCACGACUCCAGCGCCUGAUGCAUGUGGCCGAGGUUUGCCCCAUCCUGCGCGAGGAGGCGCUCAAAAUGGCCAUCACGUACGUGCAGACCACGCACAACGUUAAUCUGUACACCUUUCUGCACAAGCAAUUGAGCGAAUUGAACCCUACGUCGCCUGCAGAGCAGGUGCCAGCCGAUUCGUUUGCGUACGAUCCUGUCUGGGUGGAGACCAAGAUGAAGGGGGCCGCCCUCCAGCUGGAGAAGCUUAGCGUGGAGCUGAGGUUCUACAAGUCGAGAUCGUUUACGGAGAGCGCUCGGCGCAGCCUCGAGGAGAUAGCCGACCUUUAUCUGAGCUGCGGAGAUCUGGAAAGUGUCCGGGAAUGCCACUCUCGGAUGUAUGGCUACUGCACCGGCGUCGAGGACAAGAUGGACCUGCUGUUCCGUAUAAUCCAGGUGAUAAUUUAUAGGCAGGACUGGAACGAAGCCAUGAAAUACAUAACGAAGACGAGGUCACUUGACGUGAAAAUGGAGGUCCAUCGGCCGAACGGCCCUUUUCACACACGCCUCGAGUGCGUCGCCGGCCUGGCCGAGCUGCAGCAAAAGAACUACAAGGUGGCCGCCGAGCAUUUCCUGAACGCCAACUUUGUCUACCUCGAGCAGUUUCUCGCAUCUUCGGUCUCCCCAAACGAUGUGGCUGUCUGCGGCGGCCUCUGCGCUCUGGCCACCUUCGACAGGCCGGAGCUGAAGUGCCAGGUGAUUGCCUCCACACCGUUCAAGCUGUUCCUCGAGCAGGAGCCGCAGUUGCGCGACAUUAUCCUCAUGUUCCACGACAGCAAGUACGCCUCAUGCCUGACGCUGCUCGACGAGAUUCGCGACAACCUCCUCGUGCAAAUGUACAUAGCCCCGCACGUGAGCACACUCUACGCGAAAAUUCGCCAGCGCGCCAUGAUUCAGUACUUCAGUCCCUACCAGUCGGCCGACAUGCACAAAAUGGCCGCGGCCUUCAACAGCUCGGUGGGCGAUCUGGAGAACGAGGUGGUGCAGCUGAUUCAGGAUGGCCACAUCCAGGCCCGCAUCGACUCGCACCACAAGAUCCUCUACGCCAGAGAGGCCGAUCAGCGCACCAGCAGCUUCAAGCGUGCCCUGGCCUUGGAAAAGAAUUUCCAGCGCAUCGCGAAGAUGACCAUUCUGCGUGCGGCUGUGCUCCAGAGCAAAAUCCUAGUGAAGAGCGAUAUCCGCACGGGCGGCAACAAGCAGGCUCCAUGAACUCUGUGAAUGUUGAGACCCAUUAAAUC